AUGAAUCGCUGCUUCAUCCUUUGGAUUUCCUUGUAUGUGGAUUGUUUUACAGCAUUCAUACAGAUAGCCACAGAGGGGACAAGCACAACAAUAACUUGCGUCUAUGAUAUGGAAUACAGAUUUGACAAUAAAUAUUGGUGCCGAGGAAGUUCCCGAACAUCUUGUGAUAUUUUAGGAGAAACAAAGAAGUUUGUAAAGUGGAACUAUAAAAGCAGAUUGACACUCCUUGAUAACAGGAAAGGGGUCUUUUGGGUGACAUUGCACCAACUGACAGAAGAUGAUUCAGGAACAUAUUGGUGUGGAAUUGAUAGGCCUUUUGCUGACAUAAUGACUUCAGUGAAACUGAAGGUAAAUAAAGGACGUCUACCAAGCAGACUGGUGGAAGAGGGACAAAAUGGCAAAGUGAUCUGUCCCCUCUCUGCAACUCCUACAACAUCUACAGCUGAGGUUACUACAGCUUUCCUAGAUAUUUCCGAUUUUAAUUUAAACACAUCUCUGUCUUCCAAUGCCACUUGUCAUGAUAAAGUCACAGAAAGAAACUGGAAUUAUAGCCCAUGGGGUAUUCUACACUGGGUGUUCAUGGUUCUUCUCAUGGCUUCUUUCAUUCUGAUUCAUUGGAACAUCAUAUCUAUAUAA